GCAGUACAAUGUGUCGGCAAUGGUCAAACGAGACAGCUCUGACCAAGACGUGGAAAAGGCUUUCCGCAGAGUCGUGAAGAAAGUCCAUCCUGACAAAGGUGGGGAAGUUGCGCAUGCUCAGCGCUUGCAAGAUGCUCGAGAAAAAAUGGCUCCUCGAUCUCGAGCUUACAUGAUCCGUUCCCCUGCUGUGCUCCUCACCUACCAUGGAAUUGCAGAGCUUGAUUGGCGAGGCUUCUUAGCUUGGGUGCAACUUCAAGUGCCAGCUUGGGGUGUCAUCCAUUGGUGUGCAAGUAUGGAAAGGUGUGGUUCUGGACAACCGCAUGUGCAUCUCAUGUUGCAAUUUGCCAGCGCCUCAGACAGCCGCGGCGUCGAUGGCUUUAUCUUCAACAGCGCUCGACCCAAUGCGUGCGCCACUGAUGUCUGCGGAGAAGGCCUGUCAAAGAAACAUUUCCAAAGAAGUGUUGACCGUGGAAUGUUCUACGUCUGGGCAGACAAAAUUGGCACUAUCUUUGCGCCAGACAACAAGCCUUUUACGGACGGCAACUAUACGCCAUGCUGGACCGAUUGUGCCAAAACCUACCAAGUCCUAGGCAAAUGGCCCGAGACGCUGUGGAAACAGCGGAAAAUCACCACUGAGGUCUACGAAAAGCUCCUGUUCUUGACUAGGGAUGGUGUGCUCUCACGCCAAAGGAAUUUGCAAGCUUGCCUUGACCGCGAAGAAGCAAUUGCUUCGAGAGCUGCCGUUGAGGAGCGGGUGGUUCGGAUUCGGUCAAACCCUCAGCUGUACAAGCCGUUCCCUCAAGUACCUGAAGCCCAGGCUUGGCUGAAGCUCUUUGAGCAUGAUGCCUUGCGUUACCCCAUCUUGGUUGUAUUGGGAACCAUGCGGCAAUUCAAGCGGGGGCAUCAUGAUGGCUUGGUCUUAGAUGAUGUGAGGGACCUUCAAUUCCUGGUGAACCACCAGGAAAAGCUGCAGGGCAAAUAUGACUGCUUGGUGGAGUUUGGGUCAACGGCUGGAGGCACUUGUGCCUACCACCGUGAUCUCUUUGGA